GUUGUAACAAAAUGACUUUUUGUGUCUACAAAAUGUAAUUUAGUUUCUAAAACUGUCUAGCUUUAGAAGGAGAUAAUAAAAACUCUACCAAUGACAGUGAACCAGAUUCAAAGACUUAGUUUAUACUAUUUCAGUUUUAAAACAUUGAAAUGUGUGAUAACCUCCACAGUUUAUGAAUAAUGGCAAUUAUUGUAUGAGCCCGAAAAACAGUUCAU